UUUUUUUUCAACAGCCAUCAUCUAAGUCGAAUGGAAACAAUAACGAAGAGGCUGCACAUCUCUGGUCUGACCCCGUCUUUGUCUCCAGCUGACUUGUCGAAGAGGCUGUCGACUUUUGGGACCGUAAAGGCUCUGGAUGGCUUUGGGCUCUUAGAUGGAGUGGGCCAACCAAGGAAAUUUGGCUACGCGACAUUGGAAGCUACUCCGGCGCAAUUAGCGAAAUGCCUCAAUGUUCUCAGUGGGUCCACUUGGAAGGGUGCUAAACUUCGGAUUGGUGAUGCAAAACCCGAUUAUGCUCAAAGGAUAGAAAAGGAACGAGCUGAAGCCCAGGAUGCGCCACCUCCCAAGAAGAAACGGCGAUGCUCCAAGUACACCGCUGUCGAAGCGGAGGAUAUGUCGUUAGUGACGCCGCAGAAUGCCCACUUGCGUGCUGGAUGGACCGUGACGACCCUCGGAAGGAUCAUGCGACCUAUGCGUAUGAGGCCCGAAAGACCUCUAAUGCCACUUCCCAAACCACCCGCCGACGGAAAGGCAUCUAAGAAACGAAAAAUCCCACUUGUUCGUGCUCGAAGGAGAACUAUCGAUAUGAGGCGAUGGGAGGGAGCGCAUCUGACGGGCGUCUUUUUGGGAGGCGGGGUUCCUUUGCAAGAAGGAGAUGACGCUGAGGAUAAAGAUGAAUACCUGGAAGAACAGCGUAGUGACAUAUCUGUUGAAGAAGAUUCCGGGAUUCUUUUGGCUAGUUCAAUGGACGUACCCUCCUCUUCAGCUCUACAGAAGAUAACGCCGGCAGUAUCGUCUCAAACUGACAUGGCCUUUGAUUUGACUGCAGAAAAACGUGAAACGCUUGGUUUGUUGCAAUCACUCUUCGGUGGCGGCGACAAUACGAAAGAAUGGGGCGGCGCAGAGAGCAUUGCCUCCGAUAUUGACGUAGAUGAACAGCACUUGCUAGAAGGCGACGGUGAGGCCGACUAUGAGGUGGUCCCGUUAGACACCUCACAGGAGAAACCAAUGAAUCCUUCUCCAGCAGGAGAAUCUUCGACAGAAGUCGAGACGACUACGAAUACCACCAAGACAAAACUAAAAGAUUUGUUUGCGCCUCGUGCUGAUGAAGGCGGUUUUUCGCUCAUGGGGCACCUUAAUCUUGACUUUGAAAUGGACGAGGAAGUUACAUUCCCAACAGCAGUGGCGGAAAUACCGGUACCGGAGGCGCUCCCAACUGUCGAAGUAGUUCCUACUCCCAUACCAGCAUUGUCUCACCUGGUCCUCGACCCCAAAAAACCACUCUUCUUCCCACUGUCAUCUUCCUUCCCUACGUCGGAGCCCUCUGCCUCUAGACCAAGGGUGAAAAAUAUCUUCGAUGUCGCCCGAGAGAAACAUUGGACGACCUCUCUAUCUUCUACUGGCGGGUUCCAUAGAAUGGCGACGGAAGAAGAUAUCAGGAAAAGGUGGGAAGAGAGCAAAGGAGAACUGACUCGGGGAUGGAAGAAAAGAGUCAAGGAUGCUGGGAAAAUGAAAAGAAGGAGGGGUACGGUUGCAGACGAAGGGGUCUAGUCACCAAGUAACGGAGGCACUACGGCCAACCGUAGGGAAUGAUCCCGAAUUUUCUAGCCUUAGAAUAUGCAGAUUCAAGUGUUUACAACUCGUCUACUCUUUAUACAACAAGAAAGCUUUGUUGCACGCGAAAUAUGACCUC